AUGGAUUAUGCUCAAAUACUUUUAGACAACCUGAGCGGCUGGCCUGAACACUUCCAGUUGGUGGGUGCGCUUCACAGAGUGGAGCCUCAGAAGGCAUACGAAGAAGUAAAACAGUUGGCUAUCAGUAUAGAACAAUCAAAAAUAAUGCUAGAAGUUAACAAGUACAAGCCAUUAGCGUGGAAAAACAGAUAUGCUCAGUACCAGGGCAAGAAAGAAAGGACACAGAUAUGGCAGAAGCCGAUAGCGAGACCAUUCAAUCACCAAGAAAUCGAGAUGCAAAUACAGCACAAUGCGAAAACCGUUCAUUCGGGUGAAGCUAGGAAAGCAAGUAUCGGAGACAGGAGUUCUGCAACGCAGGAACCGAAAUAUGGUGAAGCAAUACAAGGGAGGAAGUGCUACCAUUGCUCAAAAUAUGGACACAUAGCACGUGAAUGCCCAUCCCGAAUGGGAAAUGUUAACCAUAGGGAUCGAAAGAAAUUCCCUUCGAAGAAUGAAGAAACAAAGUUGUCUUCCAUAAUAGAGCGAAAUCGUAGUAUGGGGAUGAAAGCUCGACGAAAAAGAUCUGAUGACAGCGAUCUCAUUGGGAAACGGAUAAUGGUCCCUGUGAGACUUCUUGGAGAUCGGUGUACAGCCCUUGUAGACACUGGUUCCAUGAUCAGCAUUAUUCCGUUGAAAGUCCUAGCGAAAGCACAAGAUCGAGGAUGGGAUGUUGACUCUUUGAAGGUAGUGCCGAAGUCAAGGCUAAAACCAGUGUUUGAUGCUUCCAACAAGAGAAUGGACUUCGUUGGCGCAGUUCAUAUCGAAGUUGAAAUGGAUAGUGGGAACACCGAGAUGAUUGCAUUCCAUAUUAGUCGAGGCCAAGACGAAUCUUGGCGAAUCAAGCGCUAG